AUGACGCUGUUUCGGGAACUCCGCCUUGGGGAACGACGAUCAUCGAACUCAGCUACCUCCAAAACAUCCCCCCCUCAUUCCACCUCUCUUGCCCUUCUGUUCCUUAUUAAUUGCUAUCUCCGGCAUAUUCUACUGCAGCAAAUAUUCGCUGUUGGCACAACAAGAGUUCCCAAAACCAACUGCCGGGUGACCACGGCCGACCGCCGCGCCCCCACGAUGGAUCAGCACGACGACUUCGACAGUGUUUCUUGGAAGCACGACCCAGAUAGCGAUGCGUCACGGCCUACUACUGCUGGCACUGAUGCCGCAGAAUCGAGCGAAAUAGGUCAUGACAUCAAUGGCAAGCGCAGAAUGAGCUCCGCCCACGAAGAGUCCCAGGCUGGCCCGCUCGCCGACGCCGUGGACCUGGCGGGCAUUGGCGACGGGGUCCUUGAAUGCCAGGUUGACUCUCCACUUAAAGAAAACGACGGCACAAAAGAUGCAUAUAUCUCGUACCUAGUUACUACACAUACCGACUUCAAGUCAUUCCAGAAGCCCGAGUUCACUGUUCGGCGACGAUUUACCGACUUUUACUUUCUAUACAAGACGCUCUAUCGCGAAUACCCAGCAUGCGCGGUACCGCCGCUCCCGGACAAGCACAAGAUGGAGUACGUGCGAGGAGACCGAUUCGGGCAGGAGUUCACAACGCGACGAGCAUGGUCGCUGCAUCGGUUCCUGAAACGCCUGACUCUUCAUCCUGUUCUCCGCCGGGCUCCUUUGCUCACUAUUUUCUUGGAGUCGCCGGACUGGAACGCUCAUAUGCGCCUACACUCAACUCGAACAUCCACUAAUACCAAUUCAGAUGGUGCCUCCACUGGCAUCUUCGAUAACUUCACCGAUACCUUUGUCAACGCCUUCUCUAAAGUCCACAAGCCGGACCGGCGCUUCAUCGAAGUCCGCGAAAAGGCCGACAAACUAGAUGAGGACCUGUCGCACGUGGAGAAGACCGUCGCUCGCGUUGCGCGCCGCGAGUCGGAUCUGGAAACAGACUAUGCCGAGUUGGCAACGCAGUUCCGCAAGCUUGUUCAAUUGGAGCCUGCCGUUGAGGUGCCGCUGCAGGUCUUCGCGGCUUCCGUGGAGGAGACCGCGCGUGGAAUGCGCGGGUUAAAAGAGCACACUGAUCAAAAUUACCUUGGCUCCCUGCGUGAUACAGAGUCCUACAUCAUGUCUUUAAAGACCCUUCUGAAGACCCGCGAGCAGAAGCAGCUCGAUUUCGAGGCUUUGGUUGAUUACCGCAACAAAGCUGUGACUGAGCGUGACUCUCUCGCCGCUAACCCGGCUGCAUACUAUGCUUCGAACCCGCUUACCUCCUCCCCUGCGUCCUUUAUUCGUUCCAAGAUGGAAGACAUGCGGGGUGUUGAUCACGAACAGUCUCGCCGUGAGCGAGUUCGCAAACUCGAGCUCCGCAUUGACGAAUUAACUCGUGAAGUGGAGUCCGCAAAGACUACCUCUGAGAUGUUCGAUGAGGAAGUUGUCCGUGAAGUGGCGGACUUUGAACGUAUCAAGGCAGUCGAGUUCCGUGAUGGUCUAGGUUCCUUUGCCGAUUCGCACAUCGAAUUCUAUCAAGGCGUUCUUUCUACAUGGGAGAGGUUUGUGGCUGAGAUGGAGAGCGAGGGAGAGGGCCGUGACUCUGAUGCAGCUGCUUUCGGUGCUGUCUAG